UUGUGCUACAGAUCUUCACACGUUCUUUGAAUGUACAGUAUAUGUCUUUUCAAUAUACAUAAUUACAUAUACUGAAAACAAAUAUAGCUACGUGCGAGAAUUCACAGCACUACAACUCGAAGUGAUGCUAAAUUUCUUAUUCGUACAAGGACAACUGAAUUACGAAGGAAUUGAAAUUACCCUUAAUACGCCCAUUUAGCUCUUGCAUUUUUCAAUGGAAGAACCUGAACCAGUCUUUAACUACACACUCGAUAAUUCAAAAUUGAGCCGAGAACAAAGAGAGUUUUAUGAAAAAAAUGGUUUCCUGGUCAUAAAGCAAUUAAUUGAUGAAUCAUUCCUGGACAAAUGCAAACAGAGGUUUUUAGACCUUUGUGAGAAAAAAGUACCAUGGGGAUCACUUACCAUGAUGAAAGAUAUCUCCUUAUCCAAGAAGGGUGCAGUUGGUGAACAUCUUUAUUACAAAGUCCAGGAUUUUGUGUAUGACAGUGUCCUCUUUGAGUAUUGCAGACAUCCAACUAUACUUGAUUAUAUUGAGUGUUUUACUGGGCCAGAUAUUAUGGCUAUCCAUACAAUGCUUAUUAAUAAACCACCGGAUUCUGGAAGUCUGACGUCACGUCAUCCCCUGCAUCAGGAUCUUCAUUACUUCCCAUUUCGCCCCGCCAACAGAAUCGUUUGCGCAUGGACAGCUAUGGAAGAUAUAACACCAGAGAACGGUUGUUUAGUUGUACUCCCGGGUUCCCACAAAGGAAAAUUACUUCAGCAUGAUUAUCCCGAAUGGGAAAAUGGAGUCAACAAGAUGUAUCAUGGCGUGCGCGGUUUCGACGACCAUCCUAUCAUGGAACUAUCCAUGACAAAAGGAGAUACGGUUUUCUUCCACCCCAUUUUGAUCCACGGUUCAGGCCCAAAUCGCACUCAAGGAUUCCGCAAAGCUAUCUCGUGUCAUUACAGCUGUGCCGAAAUGGAAUUCAUUGACAUCCAAGGCACGUCGCAGGAGAAUAUCGCAAAAGAGAUUGAGGAGGUUACUAAGCGUCGCGGUCUGGAACUAAACUUUCAGGAUUUUUGGAAAUUCCGCAGUCGUCUAGUACGUGGUCAACAGGCUGUAAAAUGGUUCAGUUCUCUGUGAUAACACUUUACGUAAAUUAUCACUCUUGACAAUGGAUGAUUUCUACCAACAGAAACAGUGAACAGUGUAGGCCUUCCAUUCACACCAAUUUUUUAUUCUCUCUCUCUUUCUUUCACGCCAAGGGAUUAAGUGAAAUCCUUUACCUUCAUCGAAAAUUGUACGGGUAUCCUUAAAAUGUAAUGCUGAUAAAGGGAAAUGAUGUGUCGUAAUAGAUAGAGCUUCUUGCCACUGGUAAGGUUUA